ACGAACUUUAUCAAAUUCUGCAAUAAAAAUGGUCAAGAAAUUCAGCUGAUUUUUCUUGAAUUACAGGCUGAGAGUUAACGACCUUCCAAUUCACACAACAUAAACUUCAGCUGCAGACUUUUGAUUGUCUGCAAAAACCCUAUAGCACGCGAAGAAGAGCAAAUCCUUUUCUCCUUUACUUUGUUUUUUGAUCGAGAAAUUGCCGAAGUUUGCAUAAAAUCAAUAAACCGAUUUUUUUUCUUUAUGAUUUUACAUCAUAAUUAGUUAUUUCAGAGCCCAAUAUGCAGAAAAAACGGUAUUCGUCUUCCAUGGGUUGUUUUCAUAUCAUUAAGAGAGUUAUUUGUAUAGAUGGAUCUUCGCCAGAUACAGGAAAAGGGAAGAUCAAGUUUAAGUCAUCAUCAAGUAGUAAUGAAGUGUCACAUGGAUUCCAUUUGGUAGAAGGUCAAUCGGGUCAUGACAUGGAGGACUACCAUGUUGCUGAGUACAGGGAAAAGAAGGGGCAUGUGCUAGGUUUGUUUGCUAUUUUUGAUGGUCACCUUGGUGAUCGUGUACCGAGCUACUUAAAGGCAAACCUUUAUAACAACAUACUCGAAGAGCCUAGCUUUUGGGCGGACCCUAAGAGCGCUAUAAAAAAUGCUUACAACUCGACCGAUAAAGUUAUCCUAGAGAAUUCGAUGCAGUUAGGUCCUGGUGGGUCAACGGCAGUAACUGCUAUUGUUAUUGAUGGGAAAGAUCUAUUGGUGGCAAACGUUGGUGAUUCCCGAGCUGUCCUAUGCCAGAGUGGAACCGCCAGACAACUCACUGUGGAUCAUGAGCCACACAAUGAACGGAGAAGAAUCGAGAAACGGGGUGGUUUUGUGACUAAUCUUCCCGGAGAUGUGCCUCGUGUUAACGGGCAGCUUGCCGUGGCACGUGCUUUUGGAGAUGAAAACCUAAAAGCACAUUUGAGUUCAGAGCCUGAUGUAUGCAAUGUACGCAUCGACUCAAGUAUAGAGUUCGUUAUUUUAGCAAGUGAUGGUUUAUGGAAGGUGAUGGAUAACCAAGAGGCUGUCAAUAUGGUAAGAUCCAUUAGAAAUCCUCAAGCAGCAGCUAAGCGUCUAACCACGGAGGCUUUGACGAGAAAGAGCAAAGACGAUAUAUCAUGCAUUGUUAUCCGCUUUGGAUAAAGCUCUUAUAACUGAGAUACAAGAAAAUAAAGAAGAAAAUUAAGUGACGAAUUUGCUUAAAGUUCACGUGGCAUGUUUGCUUGUACAUCACUCUCACAUGAAUUACUUGGUUUUUCAUUGGAAAAACAGAGGCUUCAAUGCAGUUUCCUUGGAACUGUAAGAUGAUUAGUAUUUCAUGUUAUUGAGAAUAAAAGAUUCUCGUUGAUGUAAUAUCCAGUGCCAGUCGACUUCUGUGUGUGUAUGCUGUAUAAUUUUCUCUGCGGUGAGAUGCCGGUAAUGGCAUAUUUGUUUUUCGCAUGGGACAUUGCAUUUGCUGUUUGUAUUGUAUGAUAUGUGAAACAUGAACAAAAUAACUCUUAACACAUUCAUUUACAUAUUAAGUUGGAAGAUA